CUCUCUCCGGGGCGGCGGCGGCGGCGGCGCAGGGGAAGGGGCGCGCAGGGGAAGGGGCGGGCAGGGGCCGCCGCCGCUUUCUCCUCCCACCGCCGCGCGCCAGCCCAGCCGAGUCGAGCGGGCACCGCGCCGGGCUCCCGCCGCAGCCGCGCUUCCCGGCACCCAGCGAGCGAGUGGGCAGGCGGGCGGGUGAGGCCGCCGCGGGGGCCGGGCCCGGCGUCCUCCUCGCCGCCCGCAGCGUCCCCGGGCGGGCGCGGGCCGCGAUGGCAGCGGCGGAGCAGGGCUGAGCCCGCUGCCCGCCCGCAGCCCCCGGCCGCUCCGGCCCCAGCCAUGGCGAAGCAGUACGAUGUGCUGUUCCGGCUGCUGCUGAUCGGGGACUCCGGGGUGGGCAAGACCUGCCUGCUGUGCCGCUUCACCGACAACGAGUUCCACUCCUCGCACAUCUCCACCAUCGGUGUUGACUUUAAGAUGAAGACCAUAGAGGUAGACGGCAUCAAAGUGCGGAUACAGAUUUGGGACACUGCAGGGCAGGAGAGAUACCAGACCAUCACAAAGCAGUACUAUCGGCGGGCCCAGGGGAUAUUUUUGGUCUAUGACAUUAGCAGCGAACGCUCUUACCAGCACAUCAUGAAGUGGGUCAGUGACGUGGAUGAGUACGCACCAGAAGGCGUCCAGAAGAUCCUUAUUGGGAAUAAGGCUGACGAGGAGCAGAAACGGCAGGUGGGAAGAGAGCAAGGGCAGCAGCUGGCGAAGGAGUAUGGCAUGGACUUCUAUGAAACAAGUGCCUGCACCAACCUCAACAUUAAAGAGUCAUUCACGCGUCUGACGGAGCUGGUACUGCAGGCCCAUAGGAAAGAGCUGGAAGGCCUCCGGACACGUGCCAGCAAUGAGUUGGCAUUGGCAGAGCUGGAGGAGGAGGAGGGCAAACCCGAGGGCCCAGCGAACUCUUCAAAAACCUGCUGGUGCUGAGUCCUGUGUGGGGCACCCCACACGACACCCCUCUUCCCUCAGGAGGCCCGUGGGCAGACAGGGGAGCCGGGGCUUUGCCCUGCUGCUGUCCUCUUGUGUGAUGACCCUAUUGAGUAUCAGUAGCCACUACUCCCCCUGCCUUGCCCUGAGAGAGGCUCUGCUGUCAUCUCAAGCAGCCCCUGCCCCCAGCCCGUCCACCCUGGAGUGGUCUUCUUCAGCCUGUUUCCCCAGCCACAGGCCUGCUAUGACCCCCAUGAUGUGCCGCAAGCACCGACUCACCACCCCGCACCCCCCAGACAACGGCCGGGGCUGGAGUCCAGGCCACAUUCAGCUCCUCCUUUCUCUGUGCAUCUUGUCUCCUCUCGGCUUUUUCUCUCUUCCCCUACUUCUCUUUCUCUGACCCCUCCCCUCCAGUGCGUUUCGUUAUGAAAGCCCCUCAAACCCCCUCCCCUGUGUGUCCUGCUGUAUGGCGGCUGUCGCAGCUCGUUUUCCUUCCUUCCUAACCUGUCCGAGGGGAUAGACCCAGUCUUGUGGGGAGGUUCCACCCUUGGAUCCAGGAAGAACCCUCCACCCUGCCUCGUGGGUGGGCCAAAGGCUACAGGGUGCUUCUUCCUCUUACCCUCCCCACUGUCCUUCAUGUGCCAUGGGCCUGCCUCCCCAGUGACCUGCGAAAGUGGAGCAUCGAGGUAGGAAGGAAACGGCAACCGGGGAGUCCUUGAGCCUGGGGCCGCCCUACCUCUACCCACUCCCCCUCCAGAGCUUUGCCCUUGCUUGGCUGCCCGCCUGCCCCUUUGGGGAAGUGAGCUCAGAGGCAGGUGCUUCAGAGAAGGAAACAAAAUGAGGGGUGGCAGGGAUAAAAAGUCACCUCCAUUCUCUACCUCCCAUGCAGCAUGAACACAAUUUCUCUCCACCUGACUCCUGAAUUUAAAGACGUGGACCAAGGCCUGUGGGUACUCCAGGGGCAAGGAGAGCCCUGGGGUCAGUGACACUGUCAGGCCAACCAUGCACUCCAGAAAGGGCAGCAUUUGGAAAUGAAGGACUUAUAUCAGGUUAAGAACAAGGGAGAGCUGGCCAGGGAUGGCAGUUUGCACAGCAGAGGGGAAUGUAGCAACAGCAGGGCCUCCUGGGCCCCAUCUUCCAUUUCUUAGGUAAGAAGAGCAUUUCCUCAGACUCCCAGGCAGAGGACUGAGCCCAGCCUUCAGCAACCAAGGUUCUCCUGGGACCCAAAGUUUAUGGGAAAAGGGCAAAUCCUUCAUGGGAAGAGAGAAGGAAGGCCCUGGGUAGAAACGCUUGGUGCUGUUCUCUUCGGCCUUUAAGACAAAGCGCUCAUCUUGCCCUCCAGCUCCCCAUAGGCUUGAGGGUUUGCCAACUGCACUGUGGCUACAGGUGGAGGGAAGAGGACUCCCUCCUCCAGAGUGCUAUGUUCAGGAAGUUUCUUUAACCCCAUAUGGCCCAAGAGUAGCUUGUAGGAGGCCCUUUGAAGAUGGAACAAGUAAUUUACCAGUCCUACUGGGGUUUCUGCCCACCUUCCCAAGGUGGGCGAGGCCUAGGAAGAGAGCUGUUCUUAAGCCACACAUUAGCUGCAUUGCGUGGCUGCAGCCAAAACAAAGAACUGGGUAUUGAGCAUUCAUCAACUAAGGACCAAAAUCCAGGGCACACAUAUGUGAAGGGUAAGAACCCCACUUCCUUACUCCUCCAAAAAGAGGUGGGGAUAGAACCACCAAACCUUUCCUCCUGACUUACCAAACCAGGAAACAGCAGGAGAGGGUGGCUCAGGACUUAGGGACAGGGUAUGGGUUAGAUAGUGGAAAGCAAAGGAGAGCAGGAAGUUAUAAAUCACUGGUUAAUGAGAAACGGAGAGAGCUGACUCUAGGUUGAAGCUGUGACUAGGCUGGAGUUGCUUCCUUGAGGAUGGACUCCUUGGUACCAAGACCUAUGCCACAUCACACUGGGGCUAGGGAGGUGGGUGAUGCCAGCCCUCAGUCUGUCUUCAGCCAGGGACUUGAGAAGUUAUAUUGGGCAGUGGCUCCAACCUAUGGACCAGUAUUUCAGCUUUCCUUGAAGGUCAGGCAGGGUGCCAUUCAUUGUCUUUCUCUCCUAGCCCCUUCAGGAAAGAAGGACUAUAUUUGUAUUGUACCCUAGGGGUUCUGGAAGGGAAAACAUGGAAUCGGGAUUCUAUAGACUGAUAGGCCCUAUCCCCACAAGGGCCAUGACUGGGAAAAGGUACGGGAGCAGAAGGAGAAUCGGGAUUUUAGGGUGUAGCUACGCUCACCCUAAACUUCUGGUGGCCUGGGGCAUGUCUUGAGGCCCAGACUGUUGAGCAGGCUCUGCUGGCCUGUUUACUCGUCACCACCUCUGCACCUGCUGUAUUGAGACUCCAGCCAGCCCCAGGCACGCCACCUGCUCCUGAGCCCCCACUAUCUCCCUGUGACGGGUGAACUUCGUGUACUGUGUCUUGGGUCCAUAUAUGAAUUGUGAGCAGGGUUCAUCUAUUUUAAACACAGAUGUUUACAAAAUAAAGACUAUUUCAAACCACC